GAGCCGACGCUCCGCCGCUGGCUGUCAGUGCGGGACUUCACCAUGGACGGAGGACGCAGCUGAGGAGACCGUGUCCAUGCUGUCCCCCCCUUUUUUCAGGAAGAACUUCUGAAAACCUGGACUUUCCCCCCCCCCUCUCUUCCGCCUCCUCCUCUCUGAUUUUAGACGAAAGCUUUUUUUUUUUUUUUUUUUUUUUAAUAAGGACUGCGAACUUCACCGAGUUUCGCACAAAUACUGGACUGUGGGAAUACGACAGAGGACUUGAGUGGAGCUGCUGGGAAAUUAGAGGAUGGGGAGCCGGGGCCACUACCGGUACCACUGGCAGAGCCACAAUGUCAAACACAGCGGCGUGGAUGACAUGGUCCUGCUCAGCAAGAUCAGCGAGGACGGCAUCGUGGACAACCUCAAGAAGAGAUACAUGGAUGACUACAUCUUUACGUACAUCGGCCCUGUGCUCAUUUCCGUCAACCCCUUCAAGCAGAUGCCGUAUUUUGGAGAGAGGGAAAUCGAGAUGUAUCAGGGAGCCGCUCAGUAUGAGAACCCUCCUCACAUCUACGCUCUGGCAGACAACAUGUACAGAAACAUGAUGAUCGACCGUGAAAACCAGUGCGUCAUCAUCAGUGGAGAGAGCGGAGCAGGGAAGACUGUGGCAGCCAAAUACAUCAUGGGCUACAUCUCCAAAGUGUCAGGAGGAGGACCCAGAGUCCAGCACGUCAAAGACAUCAUCCUGCAGUCCAACCCGCUGCUGGAGGCCUUCGGAAACGCCAAGACUGUGAGAAACAACAACUCCAGCAGAUUUGGGAAAUACUUUGAGAUUCAGUUCAGUUCCGGCGGCGAACCAGAUGGCGGAAAAAUUUCCAACUUCCUGCUGGAGAAGUCACGUGUCGUCAUGAGGAAUCCUGGAGAAAGGAGUUUCCAUAUUUUCUAUCAGCUCAUUGAAGGAGCGAGUGGAGAACAAAAGAAAAGCCUGGGAAUCACAAGCCUGGAUUACUACUCCUACCUCAAUCAGUCCGGUUCCUACAAAGUGGAAGACAUCAACGAUAGGAAUGAAUUUCAGGAAACGAUGCAAGCCAUGGACGUGAUUGGCAUCUCUGCAGAGGACCAGUCCAUGGUGCUUCAGAUUGUGGCCGGAGUCCUUCAUGUGGGGAACAUCACCUUCAGAGAAUCAGGCAACUACGCUGCUGUGGAAAGCGAGGAGUUUCUAGCAUUUCCUGCAUUUCUGCUCGGCAUCAACCAGGACCGGCUGAAGGAGAAGCUGACGAGCAGAAAGAUGGACAGCAAGUGGGGCAACACGAAGGAGUCCAUCGACGUGACGCUGAACGUGGAGCAGGCCUGUUACACCCGGGACGCUCUCUCCAAAGCCCUGCAUUCGCGCGUCUUUGACUACCUGGUUGAGUCCAUCAACAGAGCCAUGGUGAAGGAUCAUCAGGAGUUAAAUGUAGGAGUGCUGGACAUUUAUGGCUUUGAAAUCUUCCAGAAAAAUGGAUUUGAACAGUUCUGCAUCAACUUUGUGAAUGAGAAGCUGCAGCAGAUUUUUAUUGAGCUGACUCUGAAGGCGGAGCAGGAGGAAUAUGUGCAGGAGGGCAUCAAAUGGACCCCCAUAAAUUACUUCAACAACAAGAUUGUCUGCGAUCUCAUUGAGAGCAAAAGUCCGCCGGGCAUCAUGUGCAUCCUGGACGAUGUGUGCGCCACCAUGCACGCCGUGGGCGAGGGAGCCGACCAGACCAUGCUGCAGAAGCUCCGGAUGCAGAUCAACACGCAUGAGCACUUCAACAGCUGGAACCAAGGCUUCAUCAUCCAUCACUACGCCGGCAAGGUGUCCUACGACGCAGACGGGUUCUGCGAGAGGAACAGAGAUGUCCUGUUCACUGACCUCAUUGAGCUGAUGCAGAGCAGCGACAUUUCCUUCAUCAGGGCGCUGUUCCCUGAAAACCUCAAUGCUGAGAAAAAAGGCCGGCCGACUACAGCAGGCAGCAAAAUAAAGAAACAAGCCAACGACCUGGUCGGCACACUGAUGAAAUGCACGCCACACUACAUUCGCUGCAUCAAACCCAAUGAGACCAAGAAGCCGAAAGACUGGGAAGAAUCACGGGUGAAGCAUCAGGUGGAGUAUCUGGGUCUGAAGGAAAACAUCAGGGUGAGGCGCGCUGGCUACGCCUACCGCAGAGUCUUCCGGAAGUUCCUCAACAGGUACGCCAUCCUGACCAAAGAGUCGUGGCCGACGUGGCGAGGAGACGAGAAACAAGGCGUCCUUCACCUCCUGCGCUCCGUCAACAUGGAUCAGGAUCAGUUCCAGCUCGGACAAACCAAGAUCUUCAUCAAAGCCCCGGAGUCUCUCUUCCUCCUGGAAGAGACAAGAGACCGCAAGUUUGACGGCUACGCCCGCACCAUCCAGAAGGCGUGGAGGAAAUACAUGGCCCGCAAGAAAUACGUCCAGAUGAGGGAGGAAGCUUCUGAUUUGCUGUUGAACCGGAAAGACAGGCGGCGGCAUAGCCUGAACAGAAACUUCAUCGGAGACUACCUGGGGAUGGACGACAGGCCGGAGCUGCGGCAGUUUCUGGCCAAAAGAGAAAAGAUCGACUUCGCUGACAAAGUCACAAAAUACGACCGGCGGUUCAAGGGAAUUAAGAGAGACUUGAUCUUGACCCCAAAAAGUGUGUAUCUGAUUGGAAGAGAGAAGGUGAAGCAGGGACCGGAGAAAGGUCAGGUGACUGAGGUGUUGAAGAGGAAGAUCGACGUGGAGAAAAUCCUGGCGUUGUCUCUCAGCACCCUGCAGGAUGACUUCAUCAUCCUGCAUGAGCAAGAGUACGACAGCCUGCUGGAGUGCGUUUUUAAGACGGAGUUCAUCAGCUUGCUGUCCCGGCGGUUCGAGGAGAAAACUCAGAGGAAGCUGCCGCUCAAGUUCAACAACACACUGGAGAUGAAGCUAAAGAAGGAGAACUGGGGCUUCAUGAGCGGCGGCGGCGGCUCCAGGCAGGUGCUGUUUGUUCAGGGUCAGGGAGAUGUGGCCAUCUUGAAGCCUUCGAGCAAAUCCCUGCAGGUCAGCAUCGGACCGGGCCUUCCCAAGAACACACGUCCGACCAGGAAGGGCUUCAGUCAGAGUCGCUCCAACACGUCCAGAAACCACCACGUGCCUUCAAGAGCAGCACCGGGACCCCCAGCCGGCCAUCAGAACGGCGGCCUGAAGAACACCAACCACAUCGCCAAUCAGAGGAACUCGCAGCAUCACAGCCAGAGGCAUCCCCCCUCCAUCGACUCCACCCGCCCAUUUCUGCCCAGCAACAUCAACCAGCCCAGGCAGCGCGACGGCGGCAGCCGGCAGCAGCCGGACCUGGACUGCCUGAGGGUCCCGGACCAGGGCGCCGCAGGCUCUGGAGGCGGACGGCCAACUUCAAACGGAGGAAUGGCCCACCGACCUUCAGCCCACAGACCUCCACCGGGUGGAGGACGGCCGAAGCCGGCGCCCAAACCCAAACCCCAGGUGCCCCAGUGCAAGGCCCUGUACGCGUACGACGCUCAGGACACGGACGAGCUCAGCUUCAACACCGACGACGUCAUCGAUAUCAUCAAAGAGGACGCUUCCGGAUGGUGGACGGGACGACUUCGCGGGAAGCAGGGACUUUUCCCCAACAACUAUGUGACAAAGAUCUAGGAGCUGCUAAUUGUGAGGGCGACGCGACGCGCCUGCCACGCCCCGGCCUCCGAGGGCGCUGCAGAGCCUGCAGUCGGGGAGAGGAAACACUGUGAGACUCUUCU